AUGUUUCACCAUGUGCGAGUUAGAAUCUCUCAGCUGUUAUUGCCACUUUCGGAAACAGUACGAGUUCGUAAUUUUUCAAAGCUGCAAGUGUCUGUUAUUUCAAACGGUGGAUUUAGCACUCCAAAAUCGAUCCUGGUGAAAGUGGUUCAUGCUGAAAAACAAGAAAAACAAUGCAUCGAUGGACGUUAUUACACACCUAAGAAUUACAAGAGUUACCUGUUUAACUGCGGGGAAGGUACAAAACGAAUUUAUUCCAUAAGCAAACACAAGAAGAAUGCCAUUGAAGAUAUUUUUAUUACGGUCACAAAUUGGGAGAAUUUAGGCGGAUUGAAAGGUUUAUUUACUGAACGAGUCAAGUAUUUUGAAGGUGAAUUCUUCCGUAAAGAGCUUAAGUUAUAUGGUCCAGAGUUAAUGUUGGACCGCUUCUAUGUUGGUAAAGCUCCAGUUUACAGUUUGGUAAAUGCAACAAUGGAUUCAUUCCAUGAAGAUGAACAUGUACAGAUAAAGUUCAUACCAUUUUUUCCUGAACUGUCUGAUGAAGAUUUUAAAGGAUAUCCACCCAGCGUUAUCGAUGAAACAAAAAACUGGAAAAUUGAAGGAGUACAACCAAAGAUGAAGCGAAGAAUGUCCUCCAUAGUGUACAUACUAAAGUUGAGAGGUGAAAAUAACACUCAGCCAGCUAUCAUGAUACUUGAUUGCCCAGAUAAGAGGUACUUAAGCAGCCUGUUGGAGUCAGAAGAUUUGAAGAAAUACCAAAGUGCACAGGGAACAUACGUAUUCCACUUAUCUCCUACCAGUGUAGUAGAAGAUCCUAGAUACAAAACAUUCAUUGACAGAUUUCAUAGUUCAAACGAACAUAUUCAUGUGAAAGAAACGCAAGAACAGCCAUUUCACUAUCCAAUCAGCACUAUCCAGACUGCUCUUAAUGAAUUGGACAAUCAUGUUUUCCCUCUGCUGCCUUCCUCGGCAAACCGGAAUGAACACAAAUAUACUGUAUUACGAAGUAAGAUGAAUAAAGACAAAGUACUGUCAAUGACAAGUGGAAAAACUCUAGAGUUUGCCAACAACUCUGUCAAAAUGAUCAACAAUUUCAGGGAUGUAGCUGUUUCUUAUAAGAAUGGCAUCCAGAAAUUACAGAAUGCUGAUGAGAAAUAUCUUGGUUCAGUCAAAGAAUUUGUAAAAAAACAAAAGCGAGAUAAAGUGGUAUACCCAGUUAUAACAUUCCUAGGGACUGGAGCUACAACAUCCACCCUGUUGAGGAAUGUGACAGGAAUAUACUUGGAGAUAGACCCAGACGCUGCCAUUCUGUUGGACUGUGGAGAAGGCACUUUCAUGCAGAUGUACCACCACUUUGGUAGUGAGACGAGCAAAAUGCUAAGAAAACUCAAGUGCAUCUUCAUUUCUCAUCUACAUGCCGACCACAUUGUGGGUUUAGCUAGUAUUCUUAAGCAGAGACACUUGGCAUUUAAGGAGAUUGGAGUUCCAGUGGAGCCUGUUGACAUCAUUGGAGAGGAUGACAUGACCAGUUUAAUCUAUACCAUAGAAUACUUUGUACCUAAUAUUUUGCAGGAGACAGUUUUACAUGUAUCAAGGAACUUCAGAUCAAAAAGGUACAUGUCAGAAAUUCAUACAAAACUGAACUUGCAAGAGUUGACAACUGUUAAAGCUCUACACAACUUUGGUCGUGCACAUUCUGUUUCCAUCAAACAUGACAGUGGUUGGCACCUAGUGUUUUCAGGAGACACCAUGCCAUCCGACAGUCUCAUUAGGCUUGGUUUUAGAUGUGACAUACUAAUACAUGAAGCCACCUUUUCUACACAAGCUGCAGCUGGAGCCAAGAAAAGUCAUCACAGUACUGUAGAAGAAGCAGUGACAACGAGUAAACGUAUGAAAGCCAAGAAAACCAUCUUAACUCACUUCAGUCCACAAACUCUACUGGAUGAGAAGAAGUUGAUCUUAUCACAGACUGAUUUAACGAUUGCAAUGGACCAUAUGAGGCUUCAAAGGAGUGAUCUGGAAUACACACCUCUUUUCAAUCCGUUUCUCCUGGAGUUAUCAAAUUAUACGUUCUACAGAUGGCGUUAGAUGACCUGAUGAUAAGUGAGAUCUCAAUGUAUACUAUAGCACAGGUGUCAAUGAACAUUAAAAAUACACUAGUGUCCAUGAAUGGUGUAUCAAUACAGAGAUGUUUGUGAAU